AAAAAAAAAAAAAAGUAUAACUUAGCAGGGAGGAGUAAAAUAUUCUCACUCUCUCCUUCAUCUUGUUGCUCCGUUUCUUCAUUUUUCUUCAGUCUGAACCGUUCUGCACUGCAUCUGCUUGCCCAUCAGAGAAAUCAAGGAAAAGGCCGUCGGACCCACCGCUGAUCAUGAAGUCCCGUGUGGUUUUCCCCGUCUCCUGUGUGACUCUGCUGUGGCUGUGCUGCAGCCUGUGUCGCUGCAGUCCUCUGUUCUACAACAUAUCUAUGGACGGCAGCGGCGACGGAGCCGAGCCGGAGCUCAUUUUCCCCGCCUCCUUCUCCACACGUGCGCCCGUUCACGUCACUGCUGCCACUCAGCCUCCCAGCCUCACCAACACCAUCACCACCACCAUGAUCCGCCUCAAAGACUUUGUCCUGAGCCGAGUGGUGGACUUCCUGCAGGAGAACCUGCUCAUCAUCAUUGUUGUUACCUCUCUUCUCAUUGUGUUGGUCUUCAUCAUUUGCUGCGCGUUCGCCAUGAGCCAUAAGCGCAAGCUGGAAGCUUACAAGCCCCUUCCUAACCCGCCCAGGAAGUACACCGCCAGUAAAACUGGAGCUCGCAAGAACUCGAGCGAGCCUCAGGAGAAACCGUAUGCCGUGGACCACGUGAAGAGGGUCCACGUUCAGGGUCCGGCUUCCCCCAAACACCUGCGCGUGCCCUCCAAGGCUCUGGUGGGAGACAAGGGGAGGGACGUUAGAUCGUCGCCUCGGCAGGAGGUCAGAAAGGUCAGAGACACGGAGGAAGUGGAAAAAAGAAGAGAGGAAGUGAAGUUCAAAGAGUCGGUGAAGCAGAGGGAGGAGGUCCAGCAGAGCGCCGGUCCCAGCUCCAGCUCCAGUCACCCCGUCUGCACUUGCCAUCUAAAGAAAGCCAACCACUAACACACGACCGAGGCCACAUACCCAUGCAGCCAAAACAAGUCAAAAUGUCACUCGGAAGGAAAAGCGUUAGGUGGAGUCAUGCCUUUGUGGAGAUUCUUAGGAGCAUAAAAUCUGAAUAAAAACCAACAAAAAAAAAGACCCGGAUAAGCAGAAUGCAGAAAGCAGCACUUCAAGUGCCUUACUGAGCAAGUCUGUAAUUCAUCCGUAGCUCCUCAGAAGGGCUAAUUAUCAAGAUUAAAGAAAAAAAACAGAACUUAUGUACACAUUUAUGUGAGGAAAAGGAAAAGCUGUGCAAUUUAAACAAUGCAAAUAGUGGGGAAAUCCUGAUGAUAGGGAAUUGAAUGGAUACAAAAAGAAUGGAUGAUUAUGUACAGAAUGUGCAUAAAUGCAUGCACACACAGCACCCUCCAUAAUUACUGGCACCUCUAGUUAAGACGUGUAUACGAGCGGUAAAAUAUUACCUUGAUGGCGAGAUUAACUCGGGUCUCUGUCCAUCCUCAUCUUUCGGUGUUCCAGUUGUUUUUGUUUUUAACUAGUGCUCUCUCUGUAGAUUUAGCCUAGUCUAGGAGAGCAGCUAUUUUCUUUUAGUAAUUUUCUGACUAAUAAAGAAGCUAACAUCUGCCUUACUGGAAUGCCUGGCUCUCUUGUCCUUCUCAUUUUGAAGAAAAAUAGCCCUAUGUUUCCUGUCGUAUUUGUACUUCAGCAUAAAUUCAAUGAAGUACUAAUUUAAAAUGCAUAAAAACUCUGUUGAACUUAAAAAAGUAAAGUAGAAAUACAUUAAAAAUUGCUUAAAUUUUUAGAGAUAUUUUUUUUCUGGAUCCCCUAACACUGCCCACCGCAGAAUAAAUUCUGGCAAAUUAAAAGUUGACUUUUUAUAAAAAAACAAUUAGGCAGAUUCAUUCAACUUGGGGUGCCAAUACAUAUGGAGAGCACUACAUUUUCUUCUCCAGGUAACAGAUUAUUUAGCAGACAUUAGUAAAAUGUCUGAUGUAUCUAAAUUUUAUUUUAAGGGAUUUUAAACUAUCAUUAUAGCCAAGCACAGGUUUAUCAUGUGGAGAAAGUUUAUUCUGUUUUCCCAACCAGAAAAAGUCGUUUAGAGGAAACUCUUUGAUGCUGUAAAUAAACACACAAAUGCCAAGAAACUUGACUUGAUAAUGAAUAAUAAUUAUAAUUUUUUUUAUUAUCAGCUUUCAUAUUUACCUCUAUCCUAGUGUCAUUUUAAGUUGUGAUUUAUUAUAUUUUGUUUCAGAACCCAAUUCGGGAAACUAAAUGGAAAAUUUGUAUCAGUCUCAUUUCAGAAUAGCUGAACUUGAAAGUACAAAUAUUUUUAGUCUAUCUUUAAUGUGUUUCAGUGUUUUUAUGAUUAACAUUCAAGUGGCAGAUGUAUUCGCAGAUAAACAGGUAAACUGCAGUUAGAAAAUCAGGGUUCAUUAUUUUAUAUUUAUAUAUUAAAUUCUGUUUUUCUGUCUAAAUGUACACAUUUAAAAAUUGGUCGGAAUGUAAGUAUGGGGACAGCUGAUUGGAUAGGUUGUUGUUAUUUUUUUUUGGGCAGGCUAAAUAAAAAUUUAACCUGAUUUGAUUGGAUCAGUUUGGAUUAAAUAUUGCAAAAUCGAUGACAAGUUUGUGUUUUGCCAUGAACACCGUUUCAUCUGAACCUCACGCCGCUGUCUCCAUAUGUUGCUUUCUGUGUGACACUUGUACCUUUUUACAGAAUUACCGUCUCAUUUCGCUGGUGUUUAAUAAAACCAAAGAAGGGAA